GUCCCUGGGCCCCACAUCUCCCUCGCCAGCUCUACGGGUUCCAGCCAUGCCCGCUGCCAGCAGCCUCCUGCCCCAUUGCUGCUGGCCCCACCACAGCAGAGGGGUGCAAGGACUGGUGGGGUGCUCCGGGGGGGAUGCCGGUGGUCACCUCCCGCUGCCCGUGUCCCUCCUUGGGGACUCUUCCCCCCUCCCGCCCCGAGAAGGUGCACACCAACAUUCUCCUCCCAAACCCUUGAGCUGGGAUAGUCUCAAGUUUUCUCCACCCCAUGCCCUGCAAUUCACCCUCCCUUAUCUCCCACGGGGCUGGAAAUACCAGACAGAGACCUUGCAGUGAGCACAGGCAGCUGAACCCAGAGGAGAGGGACAGGGUGGUGCUCAGAGCCUCCCCUCGGGAUGCGUCCCCACGCGGAGCUGGUGAGCCGCCUGCGGGCAGCCUGGCUCUCGGGGAAGACGCGGCCCAUGGAGUACCGCCUGGCCCAGCUGGAGGCCCUGGGACGCUUCUUGGACGAGAAGAAGCGGGACAUCCUGCAGGCCACCGCCGCAGACAUGCGCAAGCCGCCCUUUGAAGUGGAGGUCUCCGAGCUCUCCAUGUGCAGGAGCGAGCUCAACCACACGCUCAACAAGCUGGGCACCUGGGUGAAGGACAAGCACGUGGAGAAGAACUGGGCAACGCAACUGGACUCAGCCUUCAUCCGCAAGGACCCCUACGGGGUGGUGCUCAUCAUCGGGCCCUGGAACUACCCCAUCAACCUCCUGCUGGUGCCCCUCAUCGGGGCCAUCGCUGCUGGUAACUGCGUUGUCAUGAAACCCUCUGAAAUCACCAGGAACGUGGAAAGAUUAGUGGCCGAGACGCUGCCCAGGUACCUGGACGAGGACUGCUUUGCCGUGGUGACCGCCGGCGUGGAGGAGACCACCAGGCUGCUGGAGAAUAAGUUCGACUAUAUUCUUUUCACCGGCAGCCCCUCCGUGGGGAGGAUCGUGAUGACAGCCGCUGCCAAGCACCUGACGCCCGUGACGCUGGAGCUGGGGGGCAAGAACAAGUCAGGGCAGCUCCUUUGGCCUCGUCCCUGCUCACGGGAGGAGGGAGCUCCCACGUCCCCAGCCGUGCACGUCCUGGUGUACCCCAGGCAGCAGGGAGGAGGCAGCCAAGGGGUGGUGAACCGGGUGCUGGAGCGGACGAGCAGCGGUGAUUUCUGCGCCAACGACACCAUCAUGCACAUGACGAUCCCCUCACUGCCGUUCGGCAGCAUCGGGCAGAGCGGCCUAGGCCGUAACCACGGUCGUUCCAGCUUCGAAACCUUCUCGCACCAGCCGUCCGCGCUGCUUCGCGGGUCCGGCCGGGAGACCUUCAACACCCCGCGUUACCCGCCCUACGCCCCGCACCGCCUCCCGCUGCUCCGCGCCGCCACCGAGACCAAGCACCGGGCCGCCUGCCUCCUCCCCGGAGCCCCGCCGCCGCCAUCAUAAACACCCCUUUCCGCUUC